UUCCAAUCCCCUCCAUAUCAUGUGAUUCAGGUGUUCCAAUCCCCUCCCAAUCAUGUGAUUCAGGUGUUCCAAUCCCCUCCAUGGACACAGGUGUAUACAAUCACACCCCUAGGCAUGCAGAUGGCUUCUACAAACAUUGGUGAAAGAAUGGGUCGCUCUCAGGAGCUCAGCAGUGACUCCAAGCGUGGUCCCGUGAUAGGUGGUCACCUGGGCAAUAAGUCCAUCCGUGACAUUUCCUGGCUACUAAAUAUUCCACGCUCAACUGUUAGUGGGAUUAUAACAAAGUGGAAGCAACUGGGAACAACAGCCACUCAGCCA